CUCUACAACAACGGAUUCUAUGUGACUAUAUCACUAAGGAUGUCGAACACAUCUGUGACUUAAAGAAACAUAUCCCAAGAUGCCAUUGACUGUGGCAAAUUUCAAUCCUUAUUCGCCCUUUUACAACACUUCCUCUGCAAAUGAUCGUCUUCAACUGUUACGACAAAAUGGAGGUUAUCCGUCCCAUGCUUCAUCAUAUGCAUACUCGCAUGCAUCCAGAUGGUCUGACGAUAUUGUCCAGAGGCUAGACCGGAUCGAUGUCUUGGGAGGAAGAGAUUCGCACAACAAUACGAUUGGUCAUACAGGAUGCGUGAAUGCACUCACAUGGUCUCAAAGUGGUGAUUGUUUGGCCUCCGGCAGUGAUGAUACACGAGUGAUACUAUGGAGAAUGGGAAGCUCGGAUACCUCACCAUUUGCGAAUGAUUUUGACGCACCCGAAAGUGCUCCACAUCUAAACAUGGCACAAGCUGAAGUGAUUGAAACCGGCCAUCGAGCAAAUAUUUUCAGCGUGAAAUGGGCACCAAAUUCUUCCGAUAAACGAUUGUUCACAUGUGCAGGAGAUUCAGAAAUGCGAGUCUUUGACCUUACUAGGGCGUCAUCAUUCACGAACGAGCGUCUUUUGUCCGGUAAGGAAUAUAGGCUAUGGCACGAUGGACAAGGAGCGUGUACGCAUGUAUUACGUUGUCAUACCAGCCGUGCAAAACGAAUCAGUACGGAAAACAGUCCUGAUGUAUUCUUGAGCUGUGCUGAAGAUGGCGAAGUACGACAAACGGAUUUGAGGGUGCCACAUACGUGCUCAAGAUCCAAAGCCUACGGUCAAGGCUGUCCAAGACCGUUAGUACAAUUUCAGAUGGAACUGUAUUCUUUGUCGGUAUCAAAGAUGGAACCUUGGCUAUUUGCUGUUGCAGGCACAAGCGAUAAAGUGUAUUUGCUUGACAGAAGGAUGAUUCCAAGAUUACUUCACAAAGAAUGGGGAAGCGUGUUGAAUGAAGAAGAUGGAGAUUUGACACAUUGCGUACGGCGGUUUAGCAGAGAAUUGCCUGAAGAGGAAGAUGAUGAAGAUGAACAAGCGGCCACAAGAAGAAGAAAAAGAUUCCAGCGUGCUCAUAUCACUGCCGUCAAGAUUGCCGAGAGUAAUAGUCGAGACAUCCUUGCAAGCUAUUCUGGAGAUGGACUGUAUCGUUUUGAUAUGAAAAAAGAUCCAGGAGAGAAACAGACUUCCGCUACGCUUUCUACUAAUAAACGUCGAAAGACGUCAAGAAGUGCAACUCCUACCCUAGUACCAAUAGGGCACUUUCAUUCACAGAAGAUGCAUGGAGCUGAUGACGCAGGUGCUUCUUCCUCUCCGGCCGAUGCAGGUGAACUAAAUCCCAUUGAGGAAGAUGACGUGGACGACAUUGACGUAGACGACGAUCUUGUAGAUGAAGACGAGUUGGACGACAGCAAUGAAGAAGACAACUACGACGAGAUUUCUGAUGGUCACGAAGAGAUCACUUUGACCUCGUCGGAUAUUCUACGUGCAUAUACAAGGCAAGGUAUAAUCGAUGAAGAGGAAGACGAUGAAGAAAACGGCGAGGAAGACGAUGACGAUGAAGACAUGUAUCCUGAAUGGGACGAUUCCAGUGAAGAUGAAGCGAUGGAAGAUGUUCAGAGACAUGGUCUUGGCGGCGGUGAUGCUCCAAUCGUUUAUCCGUCAAAGCGGUUCACGGGUCACAUGAAUGUCGAGACGGUGAAAGAUUGUGGUUUUCUUGGUUCAAACGAUGAAUAUGUUUGGAGCGGAUCGGAUUGUGGACAUUUCUUUAUUUGGCGAAAUGAUGAAAGUGCGGAAUUGGUUGGAAUAUGGAAAGGUGAUGAUAGUGUUGUGAAUGUAUUAGCGCAACAUCCAACCUUACCAGUCUGUGCUGUUAGUGGUAUCGAUGAUACAGUCAAAUUGUUUGGGCCUUUGGGAUCUGCAAGAACGGAUGAACAAUCUUUCAAUCGAUUCAAUCAACGUGAGAGAAUUUUGCAAAGGAAUGCAGAAAAGGCAAGCGACCCGGGUCCCUCUAUGAGCUCGCGUGGGCUAAUGCGUUUCUUAGCUCGAAAUAUGAUGGUGAGCGGGAAUGGAGAUGGUAAUCCUCGUCGAAUUGUUGUCGAUAGAGGAGAUGGAGAAGAGGAAGAUUGUGUGAUUGCUUGAUGGCAGUUGCAAUAUCAAUCUCUAUGUAUGAAUGAUUACAAAUGUAUUUUAUAUUUUAUUAUGUUAAUAAUGACAUUGAGCACGAAUACAAACG